CGGUUCGUUUUGCACGGUAACACACCGGAUGCCAUCGUUUGUCGAACCAUUGUGAAUCGUAUCUCAGGUUCUGCCUUCGUUUCUGAACUCUUUGUACUCCAUACUGACUCAUCUCUGGAAGAAUGACGGACCGGUACAACAUCCACAGCCAGCUCGAACAUCUCCAGUCGAAGUACAUCGGUACAGGACACGCAGACACCAGCAAGUGGGAAUGGCUGGUCAACCAGCACCGGGACUCCUAUUGCUCCUACAUGGGACACUUUGACCUACUCAACUACUUCUCUGUUGCUGAGAACGAGAGCAAGGCGCGUGUACGCUUCAACCUAAUGGAGAAGAUGCUUCAGCCUUGUGGGCCACCAGCAGACAAACCAGAUGAUUCUUAGAUUACACAGUGAGCUGUGUGAGCUGUCACUUUUUUUUUUUUUUUCUCAGCUGAGUCAUUUUCUUGGACAUUUAGUUAUUUUCUACAAAAAGUUCUGUUCUUUUACAUUCUUGUCAUCCUAGCCAACAAUGUCAGAGCUAAAAUUUGGUGUGGUGGUAGCUGAGUCAUCGCCAACACACUGAGCAGAUUGUUCAAGAUUUUUGUUAAAAAUUAUGUAAGGUGUUAGACGGCGUGCAUUCCUUCAAGGAAUUUCAGUUUCAAAUUACAAUGAAUUAAAGUUUUUUUGUCUUUCUGUCACCGUGUAGAUCUGUGCCAACUGACUUGAACCUUUUGUGUUAACAGUUUUCUAAAGAUAAAAGAAAACGCCCAACAAAGUUUAGUCAGGUCAUCUGGAUGUUUUU